CCUUGAAUCUUUUUGAGCAAAAACAUCUUCAUCAUGUCGUGGUGCACCAUUGAGUCCGACCCCGGUGUAUUUACUGCCCUUAUCGAGGACAUUGGCGUCAAAGGCGUGCAGGUGGAGGAGCUCUACACUCUGGACGAGCAGCAGUUCGCCGACCUGUCGCCAGUUUACGGCCUCGUGUUCCUCUUCAAGUACGAAUCCAACCACGGAGAGGACGCUGAGCCUCCAGUCUUUGCCACCGAGGACGACGGAAUCUUCUUCGCCAAGCAAGUGAUCAGCAACGCCUGUGCCACACAAGCCAUCCUAUCCAUCCUACUGAACGCACAAGACGUGGAAUUAGGCGAGACGCUGUCGGAAUUCAAGGCCUUCACGAGCGAUUUUCCAUCAGAUUUGAAAGGCUUAGCUAUCUCUAAUAGCGACAAGAUUCGUCUGGCUCACAAUUCCUUCGCUCGAGCGGAGCCUUUCGUCGUGGAAGAGAGAAAAGCGACGGAGGACGACGAUGUGUACCACUUUGUGGCCUACGUGCCUGUGAACGGCAAGGUCUACGAGCUAGACGGACUAAGAGAAGGACCGAUCUGUCUUGGAGACGUGCCAGAUGCUGAGAACCGCGACUCGUGGCUGCAGGUGGCGUGUCCUGUGAUCCAGAAGAGGAUCGAGAAGUACUCGGCCACGGAGAUCCGCUUUAAUCUGCUAGCGCUGGUGAAGAACCGGAUACAGACGUACGAAGAGCAGCUUCAAGCGAUCAUCGAGGCUGGAGGAAGCGAGCAGCAGGCGGCGCAGAUCCAAGCGGACCUGGCUGCAGAGCAGCAGAAGCGCGAGAACUGGGCGCUGGAGAACAAGCGACGCAAGCACAACUACAUCCCGUUCAUCAUCCAGCUGCUGAAGACACUUGCUGAAAAGAAACAAUUGGAGCCGCUGAUCAAACAGCAGCUCGACGCUCGUAAUGCCACGGCUGCCAAUACCACGAAUGCGCAGUAGAAAGCGGACAAAAAAACAGUAACGAGACACGAAAUCCACGUUUGUUGGCGUGUUUUAGCUGCAACUUGAUAGAGCCGCUUAUUGCUGGAGAUUGAGACCGCUGUGACGUGUUACUCUAACUGUCUUGGCCUUCCAUCUUCUUGUCUAGCAACCGCCACGCAACUGCAGCACCAUGUGAAUGGUGCCACCUGCAGCCACGUUGUAG